GAAGUGAGUAUCAAUCAGAGACAAGUUAGAGAGACAGAAAGAGGAGAAGAAAGACGCGGAGAGGACGGAGACGCAGCCCACAACCGAGUCUGGACUUGAUCUCACGCGCACCCGGGGAUGGCACAAAAGUCUGCCGUGAAAAGUUUGAUGCAGCGUUUUUAAGUCUCACUUGGAUUAAUUUUGCACGCGCUCGAAACUCCUCAUCCUCCCCCUCUUCUUUUCCCUUUUUAAAAGAAUAAGUGUUGGACUUUGUUCGGACGCACACGGGAGUGAGUGGGUUUCCUCGCCGCGUCCUCCCGUGCGGGUGGAUUUUUGAGAGAAAUGAGUGAGAGGAGGCGAUCUGCCGCAGCCCUGAGCUCGAGAGCCCACGCGUUUUCCGUGGAAGCCCUGAUCGGCUCCAACAAGAAGAGGAAGCUGCGGGGCUGGGAGGACAAGGAGCUGGAGCUGUCCAUGGAGAGCCUCGCCGCGGACGGAGAGGACGCGGCGCACUGUCUGGACAUGGACCCGGACUCGGAGGCGAGUCCCGGCUCGGACGGAGAGGGUCUGGCCGAAAGGACGUCGUGCUCGUUCGGCUCACCCGCCGAGCUCGCUCCGGGGCCCUGUGACCCGUCACCCCCGGCCUCCAUGGAGGAGAUCCAGAUGGAGCUGCAGUGCGCAGACCUGUGGAAGCGCUUCCACGACAUCGGCACGGAGAUGAUCAUCACCAAGGCGGGCAGGAGGAUGUUUCCUGCCAUGCGGGUAAAGAUCGCAGGACUGGACCCUCAUCAGCAGUAUUACAUCGCCAUGGACAUCGUACCCGUGGACAACAAGAGAUACAGGUACGUUUACCACAGCUCAAAGUGGAUGGUGGCAGGGAACGCCGACUCCCCGGUUCCUCCGCGGGUUUACAUCCACCCGGACUCUCUGGCCUCAGGAGACACGUGGAUGAGGCAGGUGGUCAGCUUCGACAAACUCAAACUCACCAACAACGAGCUGGACGACCAGGGACACAUCAUCCUCCACUCCAUGCACAAGUAUCAGCCUCGCGUCCACGUCAUCAGGAAGGACUUCAGCAGCGAACUGUCCCCGAGCAAGCCCGUGCCCAGCGGCGAGGGCGUGAAGACCUUCAGCUUCCCUGAGACCGUCUUCACCACGGUCACCGCCUACCAGAACCAACAGAUCACCAGACUAAAGAUCGACCGCAACCCGUUUGCCAAAGGUUUCCGGGACUCCGGCAGAAACAGGACCGGCCUGGAGGCGAUCAUGGAGACGUAUGCUUUUUGGAGACCUCCUGUGAGAACCCUGACGUUUGAAGACUUCACCAACAUGCAGAAGCAACAAGGUGGAAGCACUGGAACUUCACCCACCACCUCCAGCACAGGAACUCCCUCUCCUUCCGGUGCCGCUCACCUCCUCUCCCCCUCCUGCUCACCUCCGACCUUUCACCUCGCCCCCAACACCUUCAACGUGGGCUGCAGGGAGAGCCAGCUCUGUAAUCUGGGCCUGUCCGAGUACCCGGCCUGCGCCCGCAGCAACAUGGCGGCGCUGCAGGGCUACGGCGGCCUGGCCGACAGCUCCUACGGACGCCUGCAGGCCGCAGGUGGCGCCGUGGCCUCCGCUCAGCAGUCCGAGUCCUUCCUGCCACAGAGGACUUCCUCCUUGAUCGCUGCUGGAAUGCAGGGCAGCACUCACGCGUCUCUGAGCGGCGGCGGUGGAGGCGGCGGCGGCGGCGGCAGUGGCGCCGGAGGGAAGAUGGAAGCCUACAGCAGUCAGCUGGGAUCCUUCCCGGCCUCGCAGCUUCAGUACGUGAUGCAGGCCGGCGGCGGCGGCGGCUCCGGCUCGUCCGCCUCAUCCGGCUCCUCCCCGUCCUCCGCCCACAUGUUCAGCGGGAGCCACCAUCACGUGCAGCAGGGCUCCUACAACGCGUUCUCCCUGCACAACCCUUACAACCUGUACGGAUACAACUUCCCCACCUCCCCCCGCCUGGCCGCCAGCCCCGAGAAGCCUCAGGGAGGUUUGCUCUGCUCCUCCUCGCCGGCCGGCGCCUUCGCCGAGCGUCAGUAUCUGUCCAACGGCGGCAUGGACACUAUGCACAUGAUUGGCAACACCGGCGGCGGCCAGCAGGGGGGCGGCUCCUGCGACGGCCGCCAAUAUGGCUCCUCCUCUCAGAUGUCCAUGCACAUGGUGUAAAAAAAUAAAGAAAGAACUGAGCUUGAACCUCACAGGGCUCCGUGUUCCUCAAACCUUUGAGCUGAGGAAACAAAAACCUCAACUCAAGUUUGACGUCGAUGUCGAAAAACAGUGUUUUUUUUUGUUUGUUUUUUAAAAAAGAAGGUGCAACACAAACCUUUGGAUAUCAUCUCACGUUUUUUGUUUUAUUUUUGUGUUUGAAGACUCUCUGCCACUUACACAGCAACAAAGAGGGAGUCCGAGUAUUAUUAAAUUAUCUGCGUAUUAAAGAAGCAAAAGUGAACAUUUUGUGGACGUUAACUAAAUCAAAUCAGUGUUAGGAAAAAAAGGGAGACGGAGAAGGCGUCGUCCAAACACUCAGACGGGAUUAUCGGUUGUGAAUAUGUCGCGCGGUGCAAUAGAAGCAACGACCUCAACGAGUGACUUGUUCUUGUUUUGUCGGGGACUCCGACAUCCCAAAGAAAUGUCACUGUGAUCCGGAAGCUUUCACGUCGUGCCGUAGCAGGUUUUUCAUUUUUUUAGGCUGGACUGAAAGGGACAAGAUUACAGAAACACGGUGAAUACAACACACGGGACACAUCCAGUCAAACAUGUUUUCAAUAAAACUGUCAGGACAACAGGAGACGCGUCUGUCUUCGUCCUCCACGCGUGGACGCGAGUGCUCGCAGGACUGUCCCGCGCCAGCGACACCAACCUGUUUUUCUUUCAACCUCAUCGGCUGGAAUGGCUUCUCUGUUUUCUCUGAGUGGAUUAUGUUUUUAAGCAUAUAUAUAUAUAUAUUAUAUAUAUAAUAGAUAUAUAAAUAAGAUGGCAAAUGCAAUCGAUAACAUAAGCUUAAAAAAAAGGGGUUGUUGUGUGAUUAAAAAGUGUUAUACAAAGAAAAGAAAGCAAUAGCAGAGUAAUUAAAGUUUUUGGUGUGUGUAUUUAAGUGCUGAGCAGUAUAUAUAUCGAUUUCUGUUAUUAAAAGAAAAUGUGUGGGAGAAAGAAAAAAAGGGAAAUUGCUAAAAUAAUUCUUCUUUUUUUUCUUUUUUUGAGGCAUUUAAAAAAAUGUAAAUACAGGUGCCAAGCACAUAAAAAAGCUCAAUAAACGUCGUUUUAAUUCA